GUUCAUAGAAUCAAAUCAACCAGUCACUAGUCAGUCAUUCGUUUCAUUCAUUCAUUGUAAAUUGGUCGUGUUUUGUAAAACAUACAUUCACAAUUUUGUUGCGCUGCGUGCUACUUUUAAAACUAAUAUUAAUUAAUAAUCAUUCAUAUUGAAUCUCUUUAACUAUUUCUGUGUGGUAAAUAUUAAAUUCAAAGUGUUGUGAAAGUGUGCGGUGUUUUAUUUAUUUAAAAUAACAGUAAAAUGUAAUGCUAUUUGAAAAUGAAGUGCUAUUUCAAUGAAAGACUCAGCCAAGAAACACCAAUAUUUGUUAAAAGAUAAGAAGUUUGCAAAAUCGAGAAGAUGGAUGAUGAUGAGGCAGACUUGCGCGAACAGAUUUUCCACAACAACGUAAGGGAGCAAAUUAUUUUCCUACUACUAUUCAUCUUGCUGUACCUUGUGUCAUUUAUGUUGAUUGAGAAGUUCCGACGUCGAGACAGUGAGGAUUACUUUACUGGGGACGAAGAUGAAGUUAAAGUGUACCGAAUCAGCCUGUGGCUGUGUACAUUCGCACUAGCCGUGUCACUAGGCUCUGCCCUACUACUGCCAGUAUCCAUAGUCAGCAAUGAGGUCCUCAUACUAUACCCUAACAGUUAUUAUGUCAAAUGGCUCAACAGCUCUCUCAUACAGGGAUUAUGGAACCACGUAUUCCUGUUUUCAAAUCUGUCGAUGUUCGUGUUCUUGCCGUUCGCGUAUCUGUUCUCGGAGUCGUCAGGUUUCCCUGGAUGCCGGGGGCUGAAGGGCAGGGUGUAUGAGACCUUCAUAGUCCUCGCGUUACUUGGUGUUGCCAUGCUGGGCUUGGCUUACGUCAUCUCGGCGUGGUUGGAAGGCGACCGCUCCAGUAUUGAUGCUUUGCUUAAUUUGUGGACAUACCUCCCUUUCCUGUAUUCCUGUGUAUCGUUCGUCGGAGUUCUAAUGCUACUAGUGUUCACUCCGCUGGGCUUCGUUCGACUGUUCGGCGUGGUGGGCGGCGUGCUCGUCAAGCCGCAGUUCCUGAGGGACCUCAAUGAGGAGUACUACGUGUACUCGUUUGAAGAGGACACCAUCAGGCGACGGAUCAACAAUGCUGUCUCUACAGGAGUGGGCUACAUAUCGCCCGAGCCCAUGUACCCUGACCGCGGCGACAUAUCGGCGCCGGUGGACGCGGACGUGUCGAUAUCGAAGGACAGCCAGCUCGCGUCUCCUCGCGGCAAGGACACCACGCCGUUGCUGAGGCUGAGGAACGGCGCGUUGCAAGCGGGCCUCAAUGAUAGGCUGCACAGGGUCGUGCAGAUGAGGAAGGAAGUAGAAAGCCAGCGCAAGACAUCAUCUCUACAGCGCAACGUGGUGUACCCGCUGGCGAUGCUGUUGCUGCUCGCGCUCACCACCAUCACAGUGCUCAUGGUGCUGCAGAACACGCUCGAACUGCUCAUCGGAAUCAAAGCUCUGCCGCUUAGCACACGGCAAUUCACUUUGGGCAUAGCGUCUCUGUCGAAGCUGGGGUGCGCGGGCGCGGUGCUGGAGGCGUUCCUGAUCGUGUACCUGUACGCGGCCUCGCUGACGGGGCUCAGCACCCCCAUGCGAGCCCUGCGCGUGCUGCCCCGCGCCCGCCGCACCCCGCUCGCGCGCAUCAUCGCCCACGCCGCGCUGCUGCUCGCCUACUCCACCGCGCACCCGCUGCUCGUCAAGAUGCUGGGUAUAACGAACUUCGAUUUGCUGGGUGAGUUUGGGCGCAUCGAAUGGCUGGGCAACUUCAAGCUCGUCCUCCUAUACAAUGCCAUAUUCGCGGGCACGGUGACACUGUGUCUGGUCAGCAAGUUCACGGCGAGUGUCCGCCGGGAACUCUACAACAGAUACAAGUGGUUAGCAGAUUGGUUCACAUUCCCUGAGGAGGUAAAGACGAAUGUGACCAUAGACACAACAAGAGUGUCGGCAGAGAGAAGUCCUCCUGUGGAUAAGGUGGAGAAAGAGCAAGACGAACAUUGUAAAUCAGAAUAACAUUGCAAUAUUUAUCGGUGCCAAAGCAAAGGUGAUAUUAUUACUUAAGUUAACACCACAGUAAGAUGUGGAAACUUAUCUUCUCAAGAUUUUUUUGUAAUGUAUAUCUUUGUACCUAUAAUUUUAAACCUCAGGGUUAGUCAAAGACUACUACCAGAUCAAAAUAUUUGAUACACCAUUAAUACGUCUUCCAAGGAUGUCAAUGUAUUUUUUUUGGUUAACAAAUCCAAAAACAAGUAUAUCAACCUACCUAUACUUUGUGUUACAAUCUUUUGCUAUGCAUUCUCAUGAUAAUAUAAAACCCCUGUGAUCUGUAAAAAUAUUUAAGUAUUGAUAUUAAGCACAAAGUAUUCUUAUAUAAUUAGAUAUUGUUAGCUUUAUAUCAGGGUCUGUCUAUUUAAGGUCAAUAAAUAAUGCAAUAUAAU